AAUCGUUCUGGAUAUGAACUGAUAAACAAGUUGUAAGCAAUUUAAUUUGACUCUUACAAUAGUUAAUUGUUGAGAAAUACUAUCCAAUUUAAGAUGUAAACCUUGGAAUGUAAAAUUCAAUCUACUUAAAUUAGUUUGUCUUUCAAAUUCAUCAGAUUAAUUAACCACAAUUCAUAUGUACUAGUGUGUAUAUUGAUUCAGUUAAUUGUCAUCUUCAUCAGAAGCAAAAGUAACACCCAAUUAGAGGCGUUAAUUUAUAUAAUUUAAGCAAAACUGGCUCUCUAAGGAAUAUCAUUUAAACAAUAAGCCAAAAGGAAGCAAUUGAUUUUAAUUUUACAAAAUCUAAAUCAAGGAUUCGAUGUGAAGAUUAAAACUUAAUUAAAUCCCAAUCAAUUAGUUAAUUAUGAGAAAAAUCAAAUGACAACAAGAAAAAAGAAACAGUUUCCGUUUUCUAAUUACUAUCAAUGAAUAAUCUCGAACUGUUGUUUACUCUAUUGGUGAUUUUCAGCCCAAAUGAACAAGGAAUCAAGUUAAUUGUUGAUUGUCAGAAUCAAUGUGCAUAUGCCAUUCCCAAAUACGCUGUUUAUCAUGGUUCGAGUGGGCUAAUGUGGCUCGUUUCGGAUAGUGAAAACACGAGGAGAUCCAGGCUACAAUUGAUUAGACAACCGCUUGAUUAUUUCCAUCCUUAUCGAAAUGAAGGAAAACUCGAUGACUUAGAGGUUUCAUCAAUACUUCGAUUCCCACAGAACCUCGAAUCAUCAAUGAAACACGAUGAUUCCGAUUUCCCUUAUUGGGGCUUACCGUCGGAUUUGGGAAUAGUUUACUAUUGGACUACAUUUAGAGACUCAGCACGUCCUCGUACCUUACAAGCUAAUGCAGAACUCCCUAUGAGGAUAAUCUCUAGGAUGCCUAGAGAGAUCAAGUCAAUUUUUACCGUUACAAUUAAAUCUGGAUUUGCUUAUUGUGCUUCUUAUAAUAAUGGAAGAGGCAAUCAAGCUGGUUUUGUCUGUCAUGAUGAUAAAAAUGACAUACUGGUCAACGAAACUGGACAUCUCUUUGAAGCGAUCGAUUUGUUUCAUCAUGGGGAUAAACCAAUGGGAGUUUUAUUCCAAAUAUUUAAUGCAUAUUCUUGGUACCAAUAUUUUGAAAUUGAAUUUCAACCGAACAAUUUAUUAAAAUUGAACCGUGUUAGCUCUUGGUUUCACGAAUCUGAUCCGUUCGAUGGAUGCUUUCCAUCUUUCUGUUAUGGCCUCAUUGUAGAAAUGGCCUUAAGGUACAAUAACACGUUUUACUUGGGUUCCAAUCAACUUGUUGUCGUGACCAAUGAUCUAAAUUAUCACACUGGUAACGUUAGACAGCCAACUCAAAAUGAAGGUUUUCUCAAGCACUAUUCAUUGACUGCUGUUGAUUCAUUUGUCUUCUAUUAUCAGGAUCGAGCAAUUCAUCAGGUUAAUCCACCGAGAGGACUUUUAAAAGUGGAACUUGGUCAAGGUGAAGCCGAUGCCUCGUUCACUUUGAGGACAAAUCAUUCGACGAGACUUUUUUUCCUAAAAGAUUCGGUUUACCGAACAGUUUUAUAUGUUCCUGAUGCGGCAGUUAAUCUGAUUACUGAUACAGAAUAUGAUUGGCGAUUAAAAGAUGUUGAUUUGAAUUCUGAUUGGAUUCCGUUAAUUACUGAUUUUAAUAGUUUCAUGUACGUUGAUUCAGCUCUCGAAUUGACUAGAGAUCGUAUUAUUUUUUUCUAUGGAUCUUAUUACAUGAUAAUCACAAAUUGGACUGAAGAUGGACAUCCUAUUCCAUUAGAUUAUCCAGUCCAAAUAAUUUCCAGUUCUUUCUUCAAUUGUCAAGGUGCGAGUUAUUCCAAUACGCCUUAUGAGACAUUCAACGCGUCCAUUGAAUUUCUAGAAGCGUAUCUACCGAAACGAUAUCAAAUUCCCCCUGAUGAAGUUUUACACUCGAUCUUCUUAAUUCUUGGAUUAACGGUUUCGAGCUUAACUUGUGCUUCGAUUGUUGUAUCUCUCUCAAUAAUCGUUAUUUCCUCUAAAUGUCGCGAAAAGGUUCAAACUAAAGCUCAGGGGGUCGCAAUUCAGACCAUGGAAGAUCAAUCUUCGAGCGAAACUGAGACAAGAAAUUCUCCCAAAAAGGUCGAAGUGAUAAAAGAAAUUAAAUCCUCGAAAUAUAAGGCUGGAAAGAGGAUUAAAUCACCAUCGAGACCACGAGACCGAAACAAAUAAAUUCGAUAAGCAAGAAAAUCGCAAUUUCUAAUCUGAUUUAAAGUCAAUGUAAAAUUUGUACCUUUUGAGAAUUAGAUUCAUUCAGAUAAAAGAUGAAUUCUUAAAAGUUUA